CUCAUUUUAACCACAGUAAGAUGGUGAGAUAUAUAGUUGAAAGACGAUUUAGAAGUCUCUCAGCAGAAAAAAAUCCUGUUUGAAUCGCAGUUUCCUCAAUUCCGAAGAGACAGCUGAAGAAGAAUCAAUGGAGAGCAGCAUGGAUAUGGCGACGAGAGAUGGUGGACUGGUGUCCCGCAUAGUAACGCGCCUUCACGAUACGCAUGAUUUGCUCUCGGCAUCCAUGGUCUGCAAAGCCUGGAACGACGAGGUCACAUGGAAUGCACUCUACCUUACUGUUAGGUCACGUACAUUACUUCCCUCACUAAUUCUGCGCUUUAAAAAUAUUACAAAAUCAAACCUUACUCAGUGCUGUGAUCAAUUGGAAGACACGGAUCUGCAGAUGAUCUCUGCAUCUUUUAAAACCCUAAUUACACUGCAGUUGGGGAAUCGGGAGCAACCCCAGGAGCGAAUUUCUAAUAUAGGUUUUAUAGAAUUUGUUAGAAGUUGUACCAUGCUUGAACAUGUUGUUCUUUCAUCUCUGCCCAAUUUGCUGGAUUCGGGCAUUGCGGAGUUGGCUAGGGUUUGUAAGAGGCUUCGGACCCUCAAUCUCGAGAACUGCAAGAAUUUGUCAGGAAAUGCCCUAGCAUCCCUUUCAGAUUGCAAGAGUCUGCGUGAAUUGAGUUUAAAGGGUAGUUUAGGGUUUACUCCAUCAUGCUUGUCGGAAACAGGACAGAAUUGUCCAAUGCUUGUGAAGAUCUGUCUUGAGAUUGAUUUUAUGGACAUUAGUUUGGGCUUGAAGUCUCUGGCUCUGCAUUGCAUCCACCUUCAGGAAUUGUCUUUAAAGUUUAGUCUUGGUGACUUGGGAGAAUUAUCACAGUUUUCUACUUUGAUUUCGCUGCACAUAGAUACAGAUCAGCCAAUGUUUUUCGAUGCUCUGAUAGCAAACGUCGCUGCAUCGAACAGGGGCCUCAAAGAAUUUGUGUACAAUAAUUGGCAUUGCCCUUUGAGUUAUGCAGCUACAACGGGGCUUGUGCAGAAUUGCAAGAGUCUUGAAAAACUUUGUUUGGUGGCAUCAAGAUUGACCGAGUCUGCAUUGUUGUGUAUAAUGCAAUGUAGGGCUCUAAAAUGCCUUGCACUUCAAUGUUUCGGCAGCGAAGGGCAAGGUCUGGCUGCUAUUGGUCUUUGUGGGAUGCAGUUAAAGGAAUUCUCUCUUAGAUUUGGAAGGGGGAUCAGGGAUGUGGAAUUGGAGACUUUGAUGAUGCAUUCCAACCAAGAGUUGGAACAAAUCGAUCUAUAUCACUGUCUAGGACCUUCCUCAAGGGGGUUCUCUACGAUAGGUCUUUGCCCUAAUCUGCAAAGUUUGGAUCUGAGUUGGACAAAUGUAGAUGAUUUAAGCUUGGCUACUAUAGCAAAUGGUGCAAAAAUGCUUAGGCAUUUGAGCCUGGUUAAUUGUGAGGUUGUGAGUGAUAUGAAGGUAUUGUCCAAUUUCAGGGCAUUGGAGCAUCUGAAUGUUGACCAAUGCCCAUUUGUUACUGAUGAGGGGCUUGAUUUUCUUGCUGCCAGGUGCAGCAAGCUGGCUUAUCUAAGCUUAGCGUCAACAAUGAUAACAGAUACUGGUCUAUCGUACCUUACAUCUUGCAGUUCAUUACGGUCAUUGAGAAUUCCUUACUGCAGACAUGUUCAAGGUCCUGGUCUGGUUAUAUUAGCGUCAAAAUGCAAUUGGAUACAGAACCUGGUCAUAAGUAAUCGCUUCAGGAAUGCAUCCGUUUUAGAAGAUUUAAGAAAACAUUGUUGCAUGGUACACUUUGAAGUGGAUGACAUGGCUCUUAUUCCGUUUGCUUUUGGUAGAGCUGCAGAUGUAUAAUAUGUAUAAAGUAAAAAUUGGUUCCGGUCUAAAGCUGUGAGGAAGCAAAAGCAUCCAAAUAGAUUAAUCAUUAAAUAACAGUGGCGUGUAUGUAAUAAUUGGAGGUAGCUGACAUAGAUUUUCAUUUCAUGUCCAUUCCACAUAUUUCAUGUUCAAUAUUUUAAAGUUAAUCGAUCUGUUGUGUCCAUUGUACUUAAUAUUACGAAAUUAAUAAAAUAUGUUGUACCCAUUGUAUUUAAAUUUGACUUGACUAUUGAGGUGUAUAAUUGACUAUAUGGGUGCAUCCAUACAUUGUAUGUGGAUGGAAUGGUGGAGAUCCAUUCUCAUGUAUUUAAGUAAACCUUCCCCAUUGUGUAUGGUGCAUGUUUGAGCCUAAGCGUGUGUAAUGUGUUCUUGUUUGAUAUAGUCACAUGUUUUGUCUUUUGAGGAAAUUGCAUUUAAGCCUUAUGUUGUUGCCUUCAUUUUACCUAUUUUUGUUAAGUCUGAAUAGCUCUGCUGUUAUCCGUGUACUUACAGGACUUCUAUAAUUGUUUUUUUUUAAGUUCUCCUUUCUAUUAUUUUGUUGACAAAGCGAGAGCAGUGCAAUGACAAUCAACUAUCUUUUCAAGUAGUUUUGCUUGUGUCAUUAGUACUUGUUAUGAUAAACCUUUAUAACCUUUACCUUGCCUUCUAGAUCGAUACUGAUGGAUCAACUUCUUGAAUUAUCAAAUAGCAAAUGAUUUCUUCACCAUAUUCGUAUGUGCCAUCAAUGAGAACAUUAGAAGAUGACAUUCAACUUACUCUUUACUUAGCUGCAGAUUGUAUUCCUUCUUUUGUUCGUGGAAAUUCAUUUAAAUGGGACUUCACCUAUUACAAGGGGAAUGCGAAGUCCUUGACAAAAUCAUUUUGGUUCAGAAAUAUAAUUUCCGUGAAUUGUUACAGCACAAAUUAAAAAACUGCAUUUUUUGUACAUACUAUGCAAAUGGAUAUUUCCAUACUCAGAGAUGGCAUAUGUUUCAGAUAUGGGAGACCGAGACUGGGAUGGGGAUACCAUUUGCCGAAAAAUAGUAGAGAGGUACUAGAAGAUGGAAAAAUAUAUAAAAUGAAUAAAUUAUAUAAAUUUCAGAAUUUCAGUUUUAGUGUUUCCUCUCUUAUGUAGUUAUUAGCACUAGCUAAUAUCAUGGAGUCCCAUUCUGCCCUUCCUAAAUCAAUUGAUAAAACUUUUGUGCGCAAAGUUAUCUCAAGGCUUAUUAAUCCUUUUUUUUGUACCAGUUCUGCUUCUGUAUUUUAUAAGAAAAUAUAAUGUUACAAAAUGACUGGUUACAUUUCAUGCCAAAUUUACAAAGUUACAUUUCAAUAGCCAGAGCUUUUCAUUAGUUCUUUAAGCUUUUUCAACUAGUUGUUAGUACUUGUAGAAAAAAAAAUAAUGUAAUUAUAUGACAUUUAGAAAAUUUCGUUAGAAAGCUUCCUAAUUUUUAAGGGAUGCUUCCGGGAGGUGUGUAGACAUGUGAGGAAACAUCAUCUGAAGUCUCUUUACUUAUGAAGACAUCCCCAUUAUGUGGCUGCAAGAUGGGAACAUGUUUUUGAUCUAGGUUCUGAGUCUCUGUGCAACAAUACAAUGAGUGCUUGGGGCCUUGACAUAAAACUCCCCUUAUUCAAUGUUUUUGCAAUAUGCUAGCAAUGUUUAUGAUUCGAUUUCCUGUGUUUUUUGAGCUUGCUGAGGAUUAACUUUCUUCCAAUGCAUCUCCAUCAAAGAGAGGAGACAGACUGAGGCAGGAAGCUCCAGUACUUGUAAGCUCACACAAAUUUCACUGCAGUAUGCAAAGAAAAAAGGGGUUUUAGCAAGAGAGUAGUUGGAUGGAUAUGAUAACCUUGGAAUUACAAAGAGUGCAUGGAUUUUUUUUCUAUCACGUUAAAUAAAUCUGGCCCACAGCAGUUAAAUCUAAAUUAGUAAUUUCAAUAGCACAUGCCGGAGUGACCUUCAAUUUUGCAAUUUGAUUUUUUAUUAUUUUGGAACUGGCAAAGUCAUUACUUAUCUGAUCAGGCAAACACAUUUUUUGUUAUGGGUACCUGGAGAUGGGAUCAAAUGCCAUUUUUGGGGAAUCGAGUUGUGUUUUGAACCUUUGUCACUUAUGUAAACUCCCCAAGGUUUACUGCUGGACCAGAGCCACUUUUUCUUUGAAUCUUAGCAGGUGUAUUUGAGGCGUUAUUGCUUCAAAGAACAGGCCAAGACGGUUAGGUACCAACUUUAAUUAAAAAUUGUUGGAUUCUAUAAUUUUAUCACCAUGAGAUUGUAUAAGACUGUCUAAACCCUAAGCAAAUAACAUGCAACAGCUGCUUGAAAUGUGUU